ACUCCCUCCCCUCUAGAUCGCGUUUACCUUCUCAAAAGUCUCUUGCGGGUCCUUGCUGUUCUUCGUUUUGCCUCUGCCUCUCUCUUCUCUGCGCUGUUUCUGAUAUUUCUCUUCUAUUUCGCUUCCUUUCCAUAACAAACCCUAACUUUUUGGCGGGAGAAUGUCGGGCAAAGGAGCCAAAGGCUUGAUUACAGGCAAAUCUACACUUAACAACAAAGAUAAGGACAAGAAGAAGCCCGUCUCUCGCUCCUCUCGCGCUGGUCUCCAGUUUCCUGUGGGAAGGGUUCACCGUCUACUGAAGACUAGGGUUUCAGCAAAUGGAAGGGUCGGGGCAACAGCUGCUGUUUAUACAGCAGCUAUAUUGGAGUACCUGACUGCUGAGGUAUUGGAGUUGGCAGGGAAUGCAAGCAAGGACCUAAAGGUGAAACGUAUAACACCAAGGCAUUUGCAGCUUGCUAUACGUGGGGAUGAAGAACUUGAUACCCUCAUCAAAGGAACUAUAGCUGGUGGUGGGGUUAUUCCGCACAUUCACAAAUCACUCAUCAAUAAAUCCUCCAAAGAGUAGUCUGAUACAUGCUUCUUUCAUUGUUGUUAUCUCUGUAUUGGAAAAAAUGUAUGAGAAGUGAAGUGGUGAUAAGCAACUCAGUAGCGAAGUGGGACAUUAAUGUGUGAAAAGCAUUUUAGUUUAUGAGUUUAAUUGCCCUUCUUUUCUUUUCCAA